CUGGCACCCUACACCUGCUCUAACGGUUUCCAUGACUAGACCGCGUCGAAGCAUCUCUCCCUAUGCGUCUUCUACGGUUUGAAGACGGCGGCGGGCUGAGCCUGGUGGAAUUCAUCGCCAACAUUCCGCCCUACGCCAUUCUUUCGCAUACCUGGGGAGCUGACGGAGAAGAGGUCACCUUCAAGGAUCUGAUGGACGGCACAGGCAAGAGCAAGGCUGGUCAUGACAAGAUCCGCUGCUGUGGAGAACAAGCCGCGAAGGACGGUCUCGAAUUCUUUUGGGUUGAUACCUGCUGUAUCGACAAAUCGAGUAGCGCAGAACUCAGUGAAGCGAUAAACUCCAUGUUCAACUGGUACAGGGAUGCAGUGGUCUGCUAUAUUUAUCUUGCGGACCUUCCUCCGCAUUCCCCCCCCGAGACCGAACUUUCGGGAUGCCGCUGGUUUACGCGAGGGUGGACGCUCCAGGAGUUGGUUGCGCCAGCACAUGUGGAAUUCUUCGAUACGGAUUGGAACCACCUCGGUACCAAGCUUGAACUCAUCGAUAUCAUUUCCGAAAAUACAUGGAUUGCGCCUAGACUGCUUUUGGGAGAAGCGACAUUGUCAGAUUAUUCCGUUGCCAGACGAAUGUCCUGGGCUGCCCGCCGGCAAACUACGCGUGUCGAAGAUUUGGCCUACUGUUUGUUGGGGAUCUUUGAGGUCAAUAUGCCUCUGAUAUAUGGCGAGGGGAUGAGAGCAUUUCGGCGUCUACAGGAGGAGAUCGUCAAGCAUAAUAACGACUUGACAAUCUUUGCGUGGGACGUUCCGCAGGAGUCCAAACAGAGAUUUGUCGGCCUCAUCGCUCCAUCGCCUAGCGCGUUCAUACGCUGCCCGGGUAUCGUCCCGUUCGAAGACGACUUUGCAAACUUCUCCGUUACGAACAAAGGUCUCUUCUUAAGCGGCGACAUCCCCUUGCGAGCCGCCAAUGUUACCACUGAAGGCGGGCGUGUUGAGAAGUUGUACUCCAUCUUUCUGGGGUUGGACUUGGACACUGGUAUUGAUGGAGGCAUCUACCUCCGGAAAAUUGGGCCCAGGCUAUUUUGUCGAGACGGACUUCUCCCUCUCGCGGGUUUUCGCGAAGAGGCGGAUCUGCUAGGGACAUGGGACGUCACCGAGAUAGGCUACAUUCUCCUUGACCCUACCCAGGCCAUACCCGAGGCUUAUUCGUCGUUUCGAAACCUUGCAAUCCAUAUCCCGUCCCACGAGGUAUAUCACCUAACGGAUGCGAUUCCGGUCAACUUAUUGGAUCUCACCGACCGCCUGUUCUUGAGGCCGAACCGCUACGACUGGGCCUUCUACCCCACGGUCCUCGCAAUGAAGUUCGACGUGAGAAUAGCUACUCCGGCUAUUCCCCUAAUUGUCCUCUGCGACUACAGGAAACGAAUCCCCAGCCUAAAAGCGUUCAGCCCGGAUCACUACUCACGCGAGUCAUCGAUAAUCUUCCAAGAAAGAUACCGCGAAGAGACAAUACAUUGGGAAGAGCUGGAUCUUCACGCGCCCGGCAUUCGUGCCGUGAGUGAUACCGCGACUGUAAGAGUCGGACCUGAUCUUUAUCACAUUUCUGUCUCGCUCCAAAAGCAAAAAGCGCAAUGCCUAUCUGGUGAGGUGGAAGUUUUGAGUCUGGCCGUCAGUGUCGUGCGGACUUUCCUUCCCCUCAUAGAUCUUUCUCUGAUAGAGUAAUGCAUCUCGUCGAGAAGUUGUGUCAUGAGUUCUCUUGGGGACACCUUUUUCUAAAGAAGGAUGGAUAUAAAGGGUUAAACGCGAAAUAAAUGGGACACAUAUACGAAAUCGCUCGGUCAUCUGAUUGAAGCAAGAAAGUCGCUUAAAUUAGUGUAAUAAU